UCUUUUUAUAUUUUCUAGAGCGGGUAAAGAUACACAACCGGUUGAAAUUAUUCCCGAUGAACCUGAACCAUUAUCAUUUGGUGGUCAAUUAUUAAUUACAGGUAUAUCAUUAACCUGUCAUUUAAUAACUGCUAAAAUAAAACAAUCAAAUUUAUUUCGUCUUAUUCAACUACCAUCUAUUACAAAUCUUUCUAUGCCAUUACCAAUUAUACCUAUUCUUCAAAGUGGACCAAUAUAUCCUGGUAAACAAUCAUUAAUUAAAUAUUUUAUGCUUAUACCAACACCUAAUAUAAUACAUAAUGAAGAGUGGAUACAUAAAGUACACAAUAUUAUACAAUUUUUACGUGAUUCAUUAACAAGUGCUAAAGGAGCGAUUCUUCAAUCAAGUUAUUCUACUGAUGAUGGAUGUCUUGUUUUUCCAAUGGAUAAACUUGAACAAGGUUUUGAUUUACUACAAAAUGCUAUUAAUAGUGUAUGUGGUACUGAUGAGCAUUGGUUUGAUUAUGCCAUACAAAUGGGACCAUAUGAUAUAUUUGAUUAUACACGUGGUAAAUAUGAAGUAACGUCUGGUGUAAUAAAAUCAUCUGAUGAAUUAGUUGAUGUUUAUGCUGAUUUAAUUAAUAGUUAUCCUCGUUGUAUUAUGUUAAUUGAUCCUUUUCGAUAUGCUGAUAAAUCAUCAUUAUCUCGUUUAUGUGAUCGAAUAUCAAAUAAAUGCUAUAUAACAUCAACGGAUAUACGUCGUUAUCAAAAUGAUAAUAAUGAUGAUAAUAAUACAAUUAAUUGUCAUUUAUUAUCCUUAGAUAGUGCACCAACAAUUACUGAAUUAAUACAAAGAAUAAAUACAUUUCGUGAACUUAAUGGAUAUGCUUUGGGAUUAUUUGAACGAGAUCAUCAAGAAGUAGCACAAAUUCAUUUAGCAGAUCUUACUGUUGGUCUCGGUUGUCGUUUUAUAAAACUUCCUGGUCUUCUUUCAUUAGGAGGUCAACAAACAUGUGUUAUACUUCAACGUCUUUCUAUAAUUCGUGAUGAAAUUGAAAUGAAUGAUAAUAAUCAACAAUUUGCACGACCUAAUCAACAUGACUUUAUUCAUAUUCGAUCACCAAUUGAUUUAAUGGAACAAGAUAGAAUUAUUUCAGUAACUCCUACAAAUGCCAAAACUAAGGACAAGAAAAAACGAUCUUAAUUAUAUUUAAUAAUUGUAAAGAAACAAUGAAAAAAAAAAUAUAUGAGGAGAAAAAAAAAAGGGAAAUUGAGCGUCAUAUGUGUGUGUGUAUGCAUUUUGUUAUCUUUAAGUAUAAAGAUUAAUAUGUGUGUGUGAAAUAUGAUAGCGGCUUGGUAAGAGUAACAAAAAAAAAAGUUGACUUUAGAUUUUUGUCGUUCGUGUUUUUUUCUCUAUUCAUUUGUUAGUCGCAUGAUAACGAACAAAUGACAACAACAGGUUUGUAUCUGUAAUAAUAUUUUAUUAGAUAUGUAAAUUUUUUUUAUGCUUACAUAGAAUGAAGAUUUUGUGUUUCGAUUUAUGAACAAUGUUUAUUUUUAUAUAAAGAAACGAAUGAUUAUAAUUCGAAUCCAAUUGAAAUCGAACGAAAUUUCAUAAAAAUAAAGGCAUAGAAUGUCAGAAUCAGUGUUGUCUAAUGCAGCUGUGAUUAUUAAUAAAGUUCUAAUUUCUGAGAUGAGCAAUCACUGAAUUUGAUUCAAUAUUGAUGGAGUAUCAAAAUUAUUCAAUAAGGUUUAUUUUUGAAGUUUUUUUUCCCAAACUGUCAACACUAGAAAGAAUCGAAAUAGUGUGAUUCGAAAACUCAUCAUUUUUCUAAUGCGAAAAUUUCUUUCGAUUGUUGGAUGGAGUCUAGAUUAUUAGUACAGAUAUAAUACAGAAGAAAUAUAUCAAAGAAACCUUUGAUUUUUUUAUGUUUUAGCUACAACCUCAGG